UGGGGUUAUAUCAUAAUCGCAGAGCCAUUUUAGCUAUUCGGUCGACAUAUUGAGAGUUAAAACUACAAUAAAUUCCAAUAUUUUGUAAAUUUAUUUUUUUUUCUCUUAAACAAUUUGAAAAUUUCACGUGCUCGUUUUGAAACCAUACAAACAAAAAUUUUAAGUUCCAUUUGCAAUAAUAAAAGAUAGUCUGAAGAGAAGCGCAAUUAUGUCGGACAAUUCGGCGGUCUCGGGAGUUUUGAAUGCCUUGCUAUGCGGCGUUACGGGAUAUGGAUUCUAUGCAAUGGGUCCCAUGGAUCAUCCAUAUGCGUUCUCGGCCUGUGUGAUUGGAUUCUGUCACGGUCUUUUGGGACUCGUCGAUUGUCUCACUGGUGAUUCGAAUGUGAAGAGCGCCAAGGAAACAACAAAUGCAAUUAUGGAAAUCGUGCCAUUGCCCUUGGUCAAUAUCGAGCUAUUCUUUGGCGGUGAAAGCAGUAAUAUUGCUUUAGGCCAUGGCCUAUUCAUAGUGCCAAUGGCGAUUUCCGUGCUGGUCGCCUUAAUCAAGGGAGGCGAAGAGGCCGACGAGGCAACCGAAACUUUGAAGCUACUCACCAUCUUGGGCAACAUCACAUCUCUGUGCUACUUGGCCGUUAACGAGGGCAGCUGGGUUAUGGGCGGAAUGGCCUUUUUAGCCUUUAUGGCCAAAUAUGGCGCUGAAUUCAGUGAGACACAACUCGAGGGCUCUGGCGAUCCAAUUAAAUACAUCAGCUGGUCUGGAUUCUAUUUCCUAACCACCUUGGCCGUUGGCGGUGAAAAGUAAUCAAUCAGUCGAAAAGAAAUGCAAAACAUGCAAGGACAUUCAACCGGAAUAUUAGACUUAUUAUCUAGAAUUACUAUGCGAAUAAAUAAUUCCCUUUGGUGAUUAAAGCACUGAUAA